AUGGGGGUGAACGCGGUGCACUGGUUCCGAAAGGGGCUCCGGCUGCACGACAACCCGGCCCUGAAGGAGUGCAUCCAGGGUGCCGACACCAUCCGCUGCGUCUACAUCCUCGACCCCUGGUUCGCCGGCUCCUCCAACGUGGGGAUCAACAGGUGGCGGGGCUUUUGUGUUGUGAUCCCUUUCAGAGUGGUCAGCAGCAAUAGCCGACACCCUCCAGCUCUCUCAGGAUCACGGAACCGGAAGCUUGCAGACCCACUAGAAUGGGACAUUACUAAACUUUCAAUUGAGUAUGAUUCUGAGCCCUUUGGGAAGGAACGAGAUGCAGCUAUUAAGAAACUGGCUACAGAAGCUGGAGUAGAAGUCAUUGUACGAAUUUCUCAUACUUUGUAUGACCUAGACAGGAUCAUAGAACUCAAUGGCGGUCAGCCACCUCUAACCUACAAAAGAUUCCAGACUCUGAUCAGGAAAAUGGAACCCCUGGAGAUACCAGUAGAGACAGUUACCUCAGAAAUGGUAGAAAAAUGCACGACCCCUCUGUCUGAUGACCAUGAUGAGAAAUACGGAGUCCCUUCACUGGAAGAACUAGGUUUUGAUACAGAUGGUUUACCUUCUGCAGUGUGGCCAGGUGGAGAAACAGAAGCCCUUACACGUCUGGAAAGGCAUUUGGAAAGAAAGGCUUGGGUGGCCAACUUUGAAAGACCUCGAAUGAAUGCAAAUUCCCUGCUUGCAAGCCCUACUGGACUCAGCCCUUACCUCCGGUUUGGUUGUUUGUCAUGCCGUCUCUUUUACUUCAAAUUAACAGAUCUUUACAAAAAGGUGAAGAAGAACAGCUCCCCUCCCCUUUCUCUUUAUGGGCAGCUAUUAUGGCGUGAAUUUUUCUAUACAGCAGCAACAAAUAAUCCACGCUUUGACAAAAUGGAAGGGAACCCUAUCUGUGUACAGAUUCCUUGGGAUAAGAAUCCUGAGGCUUUAGCCAAAUGGGCAGAAGGCCGGACAGGUUUUCCCUGGAUUGAUGCCAUUAUGACACAGCUUCGGCAAGAGGGUUGGAUUCACCACUUAGCCAGACAUGCAGUUGCUUGUUUCCUGACACGAGGUGACCUGUGGAUUAGUUGGGAAGAAGGGAUGAAGGUCUUUGAAGAACUGCUGCUUGAUGCAGACUGGAGCAUAAAUGCUGGGAGCUGGAUGUGGCUGUCGUGCAGUUCCUUUUUCCAACAGUUUUUUCACUGCUACUGUCCUGUUGGUUUUGGUAGGAGAACAGAUCCCAAUGGAGAUUAUAUCAGGCGUUACCUGCCUGUCCUGAGAGGCUUCCCUGCGAAAUACAUCUACGAUCCCUGGAAUGCACCAGAAGGGAUCCAGAAGGUAGCCAAAUGCUUGAUAGGCGUUAACUACCCCAAACCAAUGGUGAACCAUGCCGAGGCGAGCCGCCUGAACAUUGAGAGGAUGAAACAGAUCUACCAGCAGCUCUCGCGGUACAGAGGCCUAGGUCUUCUUGCUUCAGUGCCUUCUAAUCCAAAUGGGAAUGGCGGUCUCAUGGGCUAUUCUCCUGGAGAAAAUAUCCCAGGCUGCAGCAGCAGUGGAAGUUGCUCUCAAGGGAGUGGUAUUUUGCAUUAUGCUCAUGGAGACAGCCAGCAAACUCAUCUGCUAAAGCAAGGACGAGGCUCCCUGGGCAUGGGUUUCAGCGGUGGGAAACGCCCAAGUCAAGAGGAAGAGAUGCAGAGUAUCGGGCCCAAAGUCCAGCGACAGAGCACUAACUAGAAAACUUUGGAGAGGAAUACUGUUGCAGCUGAAAUUGGUGGGAAUUCAGUGCUUUUUCAGUUAAAUUAUUUUAAAAUGUCCAUUGAUGGAAGGAAACCGUUACAUUUUGAAAUGCUUUGUUUCUAAUGAUAUUUCUGUGGUUUUUAACUUUUUAAUGGAUUUCACAUAAGACAAGUGGUAAUUUGUAUAUAAAGAACUUGGUGAAAGAACUCGCUUAAUGUAAAUAUAGUUACAAUUAGUAUAGACCCAUCAAUAUAUUUUUGAUAAUUUUUCAUGUAUGGAAAAGACGAAAGCUGCACACUGGUGUUGAUAUAAAAUUCAAGUUUAGCAAAACUAUGUGGGAAAAUAGGAGGUUUUUAGAUUUUUCGUAAAAGACUUUGUUAAAAUUUUAGGACAGAAUUUUCUUGACAUCGUUGUUUGAUCUAACUUUGCACUCUUUGAUAAUAAUGUUUUAGAAAAUGUGUGUAAUCAAAAUGUGUAGUUGCAGUCUCUGUUAUAACUCAGACAAUGUGUUUUAAGCUUCAUGUAUGCCUGUAUGAACCCAGGCUUGUGGACAUAAUCAUGUGUAAAGCUCUCAUUGUCUCCUAUUCUUUGUUUAUUUACAGCUAAAGUGACCUUGAUAUUAAAGUAUAUAUAAACAUG